CCGCAUCGGUAGCGGCGCUGUAGUCGCUGGCCACGUAAGAUUGACAAUGACAGUUAACGAGUUGCAGAACGAAAUCGUUCAAAAAAAGUUUAAAUAGACAAUAGGGAGAUAAAAGUGUCGUUAGGAUUUCUAAUUUAAGACUUAAUAAGAAUAACAAUGAACGAGAACCUUCCGAACGGGAUACCGGGACAACACGACCCGAUGAAAUCGUCACCUAGAGAUCGUUUUGUGCCAUUCAAUGGGGUGGAAUCAUCACACUCUUCUAGAGACUCAUCUCCAAGCCUUCGUACACAAAUACCACUGUCGCAACUACCCACUGGUAAAAUGGAAAUUCCCCCUGGACAAUUACCACCAAAAGUAUCCAAUUUAACAGGACAAAUGGGCCGAAUUUCUUUAUCAAAACCGUCUGAAUUACACACACCAUUCUCAAGUCCUAACGUUUUUACAUCAACGCCCGUUUUAGAAGCAACAAAACCUAAUUUAGUAUCACCCAUCGGUACCCCAAAGCCCAAAGAAGGCAGUGCUUUUACACAUUCUUCAACGAGCCAAUUUGCGUCUGUCAAAAAUAUCGAAAGAAAUGAAAUUGGGAAAGAAGAAAUCGAAAAAAAUGUGAGUUCGUUUUUUAAUAAGAGCGGAAUAAACGGUUCGCUUAAAGAUUUGCGGAAUAUGGACGAUUUUAGACAAGGCGAACAAAAAUUAACGCCAAGUAACGUUGUUCCUCAACCAAUUAAAAUGGCUUCUCAACCAAAUUUGAUGGGAAAUCAAUUUACGCAACAGCCGAGAAUUAGUCAACCCAAUUUACAAGGGAAUAUUCUACAGAAUACUCAACAAAACGUUCCACAACCAAUUAAAAUGGGUUCUCAACCGAAUUUAAUGAGUAAUCAAGGAUUUCAACAUCAAAAUAUUCCACAACAAAUUAAAAUGAAUCAAUUUCAAACAAAUUUGCCUACUCAAAAUGUACCAAAUCAACAAUUUGGUUUGCAACAACCUCAAAAUCAACAAAGAUUUCAAUUAAAUCAGCAACAAAAGCAGCAAAGUUUUAGUGGACCACAAAUUAAUCCUCAAAUUCAACCUCACUUACAACAUCCACAACAAAUAAAUCAAGGGGGUAUUCCCCAAGCGAAUUUUCCACAAGGAAAUGUUCAACAGAUGAGAAUGCCACCACCAAAAUCGAAUAGUUUUCCACAAUUAGGUCAAAACGUUCCUGCAAUUAAUUCUGAUCAAAAUAAAGCUCAUUUACACACUAAUAGAUAUCCACAAAAUAAUUUUAAUCAGAAUCAACCAAGUGGAUAUCAAAAUCAACCUCAAACUAGUUUUCAUAAUCAACCAACAAGUCAAGGAUUUCAAAAUCAACCACAAAGUGGAUUUCCAAAUCAAUCACAAAGUGGAUUUCCGAAUCAACCACAAAGUGGAUUUCCAAAUCAACCACAAAGUGGAUUUCCAAAUCAACCACAAAGUGGAUUUCCAAAUCAACCACAAAGUAAUUUUCAAAAUAAAUCAGUAAGUGGAUUUCAAAAUCAACCUCAACAAAGUUUUCAAAACCAACAGCAAGGGGGGUAUCAAAAUCAACCUCAAAGUGCAUUUCAAAAUCAACCUCAAAGUGGAUUUCAAAAUCAACCUCAAAGUGGAUUUCAAGUUCAAUCACAAGCUCCUUAUCAAAAUCGUGUGACUCAAUCUGGUUUUAAUAAAUUAUGGGGUAACGAAAAUUUUGAUCUACUCCAAUGUCCAAAUAUAUUGCCUCCGACGAAAGUGGAAGCGCCGAAAAUCAAUUUAGGACAAGAAUUUUUAAAUGCCGCGAAUUGUAGUGCGGAUAUUUUCCGUUGUACAAUGACAAAAAUACCGGAAAGUACGACGUUACUACAAAAAUCUCGUUUACCACUCGGCGUAUUAAUUCAUCCGUUUAAAGAUUUAAGUAAUUUGCCGGUGAUUCAAUGUAACACGAUUGUGCGUUGUCGUACUUGUCGUACUUACAUAAAUCCUUUCGUAUUUUUCGUCGAUUCGAAACGUUGGAAAUGUAAUUUGUGCUAUCGAGUAAAUGAACUCCCCGAAGAAUUUCAAUAUGAUCCGGUUAGUAAGACUUACGGAGAUCCCGCACGCCGACCGGAAGUACGUUCAAGUACAAUUGAGUAUAUAGCCCCGGCUGAGUAUAUGUUGAGACCCCCACAACCAGCGAUUUAUCUUUAUUUAUUCGACGUAUCAAGACUUGCUGUUGAAACUGGGUAUUUACACACAGUUUGUAACGUACUCAGCGCGGAAAUACAAAAUAUUCCUGGCGAUGCAAGAACGCAAAUUGGAUUUUUAUGUUAUGAUUCGUGUUUACAUUUUUACUCUUUAGCCGAAGGUCAAAAUCAACCCCACGAGAUGACCGUAUUGGAUAUCGACGACGUGUUUAUACCAUGUCCGGAUAAUUUAUUAGUAAAUUUAAAAGAUCGUAUUGAUUUAAUUACGGAUUUAUUAAGUCAAUUGCCUAUGAGAUUUUCAAAUACAAAUGAUACAAACUCAGCUUUAGGCGCUGCUUUGCAAGCGGCUCAUAAAAUGACUUCACCGACGGGUGGAAGGGUAACCGUUUUUCAAACUAUUUUGCCGAACAAAGGUCCUGGGGCGGUUGUUUCUCGAGAAGAUCCCAAUCAGAGAUCGUCAAACGACGUACAUCACUUAAACCCGGCUAACGAUUUUUAUAAACGUCUCGCUUUAGAAUGUAGCGGCCAACAAAUCGCCGUUGAUUUAUUCAUUUUAAAUUCUCAAUACGUUGAUCUUGCGACUAUUUCUGGAAUAAGUCGUUUUAGUGGAGGAUGUAUUUAUCAUUUUCCGUUAUUUAAAGCCAGUAGAAUUGUUCAAAACGAUCAUUUUGAGCGAUCUUUUCGACGGUAUGUUACGAGAAAGAUUGGAUUUGAAGCUGUUAUGCGUGUGAGAUGCACGCGAGGACUUUCUAUACACACUUUCCAUGGGAAUUUGUUUGUUAGAUCGACAGAUUUACUUUCUUUACCAAAUAUUAACCCUGAUGCUGGUUUUGGUAUGCAAGUUUCUAUCGAAGAAAAUUUAUCGGAUGUUCAAACGAUAUGUUUUCAAGCUGCUUUAUUGUACACGUCAAGUAAAGGUGAGCGUAGAAUACGCGUUCAUACUUUGUGUUUACCAAUUGGUAAUACUUUACAUGAUAUUAUGAACUCGGCCGAUCAACAAUGCAUCGUCGGAUUGUUAGCGAAAAUGGCUGUUGAUCGUUCGAUGCAAUCGAGUCUUUUGGAUGCGCGCGAAGCUUUCUUAAAUGUAGCAAUCGAUAUUUUAACUAGUUAUAAAAUUCAAUUAAAUUUGGGUUCUAGUACCAACGGAUUAAUGGCUCCUAAUAAUCUUAGAUUACUUCCUUUGUACAUUUCGGCGUUAUUAAAAAGUGUAGCGUUUCGUGUAGGUACUUCAACGAGAUUAGACGAUCGAGUUCGCGCAAUGUGUGAUAUGAAAACAAAACCGUUGCCUUAUUUAAUACAACAAAUUUAUCCGGAUUUAUAUCCGGUUCAUAACCUCGAAGAGCAUAGCACGGUUUUAAACGACGAAGAGGAACAAAUCCAUCUUCCGCCUCAUUUACAAUUGACGGCGCGAAAUUUAGAUUCGAACGGUGCCUAUUUAAUGGAUAUGGGCGAACAUAUUUUAUUAUUUAUUUGUGCAAGCGUAUCGCAAGGUUUUCUUAAGGACGUUUUGGAUUGUAACGAUUUCAAUAGUAUCCCGGAAGAUUUCUACGAAUUCCCCACGUUGGAUAACGCGGCUAAUCGAAGGAUGCAAAUGUUUUUGAAUUAUUUGAACGAUGAGAAACCGUUCCUUGCUACGUUUCAAGUAAUUAAAGAUAACAGUCCGCAACGCGUUAUCUUUUUAGAACGACUGAUCGAAGAUCGACUGGAAAACUCGUUGUCCUACCACGAGUUCUUACAGCACAUCAAGACCCAAGUGAAAUAGCUAAUAAUUAAGUGAACCGUGUCUUAUUAAUAUUAAAAAAAAAUAAAAGGAAGAAAAAUGAACAUUAAUCAUGGUAUAUGAUACAUACUAUUAAUAAAAUAUAAAUACAUAAAGACGAUAAAGUUUCGGUGCAAAUUUAUUGCUCGCAUAGACUUUUCAAUUAUUAUCUUUUAAGUGCAUUUUUUUAUUAUAUUAAUUAUAUCCUAUUUAUUCUUGGGUCAAUCAGGAACUUUUUUAUUUAGUUUCAUCGAAGAGGAUCGAGCAAAAGCAAUAACUUUGCAUUAUUUAGGAAGUAACGUGGAACAAGAGUGAUUUCGUUUCUUAAUAUUUAGUGUACAUACGAGUUUGGAUAAAAUAAAGAAAUAUUACAAAAAAAAAUAAUAAUAAUAAUGUUACAGUGUUGUUUUCGCAGUUCUUACUUUCAAAUUAUUUCAAAUGAUAGUAUUUAUGUCCUGUUUAUAUCCUUUAGUAAUAAUAAAACUGUAUAUUAUUCUUUAAA